AUGGGAAACAGAAAAGCCAGAAAUACAAGGAAGAGGUGCAAUGAGAUUGAAAAUGGCGACUACCGGAACAGCUACUUACGAUGGAUCCCUCUCACCUUUCUUGUUGCGGUCGGUCUGCUAGGGACACCCUCCCGAUACCAAAACUUCAAUCAAUGGAAGAAUUUUCUGGAAGGCCAGCUUGAUCGCUUGCGCGAAGCAUCAGUGGUCCGACAGCUCUCCAUGAACGAUUUGGUCUUGCACAGUGUGAAUGCUACGACGCUGGUAGAAGAUGAUGGACCCAGCACAAAGACAAAUUUUUGCAGUUUUGCUGAAGUCGAAGAAGGCCAAUGGGUGAAGAAACUAUAUCCCGAGCCCCACUAUCUCCCUGCAUCAAGACAUAAGCAAUGCCCAAAUGCCUUACCUGGACAAAACUGGACGACUUGGGAGUGGCAUCCAUCAGCAAGCUGUGAAUUUGCCCGUUUCGAUGUCGACAGGUUUUGCCAGCUGGCGCAGAACCAAACGAUUGCCUUUGUUGGUGAUUCUAUUACCUUGGAUAUGUAUCUUUCUGUGACACACCUGCUGGGGGUCCCAAUGGCAUUGCCCCCACCUCGAAUGGGUCAUGUCAAACUCAUCAGUCAAGUUUGCAAAACACAAAACGUCACAUUAAUUGGACAACGUGACUACUUUCUGAAACUCAUUCAAGAUGUGGCAACAUCAAAAGAACACAAUGUGCCCAAUGUCUUGGUUCUCAAUCGAGGUGCUCACUAUGUGGAUGACAACCUGUUGUUGCAUGACAUGAACAACACUGUCAUUCCGCAUAUUUUGAACUGGCACCAACAGUGUCAACUAGCCUAUGGAAGCGAUCGAAAGUAG